AAAAACAAAAAAUGGGACGCAACAAAGGGAAAGGCAACCGAUUUAAAAAAAAGCAACGUAAUAAACCUCAUCAAUGGAGUCAAGCAGAUUGAGGAAUCAAACACCACCCCAGUGGUGGAUCUGCUAGUUGGAUUAAUCCAACAGGUUCGAUACGAUGAGGGUAGUAUCACCCGAAUGAAGGAAAAACACAACAUAGGGUUCAUUUGGGCCAUGGCCAAAAUUAUUAAUCUUAUGCAAAAGAAAAAACUGAUGAGUGAACAGGUGGUUCUAAAUUGGAAGGCUCUCUUUAUCUACUUUGCGCACAUGUAUAUGCGGCGUGCCAUUCAUUUGGGGGGGGGCCAAAGCAAUGACGUGGAUGUGAGGCAGUAUGUCUCCUCCGUCCUUUCGCUCCAGAUGGGGGAAGCAGACUUGGCGAAAAUUUCCACCUCAGCGUUCUGCAACGCGAGAGAGUUUGCCAAGUGUCUGUUCGAGUGGGGAAGGAGGGGGCACGGGGGGGGACACCACCCAGUAGGGGAAUACCACUCAGUAGGGGCAGACCACUCAGUAGGGGCACACCACUCAUUAGGGGCACACCACUCAUUAGGGGCACACCACCCAGUAGGGGCACACCACUCAGUGGGGGACCGCCCCCGAGUGGUGAGGGAAUCCACCUCCCCGAACGACCUCUUCCGAAUUUUCAGCUCCUCCUCUAUUAGCGAAAUGGUUAGCUCUGUGCAGAGGUACAUCCUGCAGAGAAUUGAACGCCACCCGUUGGACAUAAAGACUAUCCUGAACUUCCUCGAAAUGGCUAGCCGAAAUUGGCAUGGCAAAUUCAAAGACGAGAUAGUAGAAGUACUCCUGAGAAAGCUGGAGACCCCCCCAAAUCAGAUCCAUAAUUUUACCAUCUUCAAAUUAUGCCGAUUUUUAAAUCUGACGGUGAACUACGGUCUUCAGAAGGGCAGAAUGGAAGAGGCACACCUUCCGGUCAUCAUCGACUUGCUGCUGCGUGGGCAGGCUUAUCUACCCAAUGGACAGAGCCACCGUUUUGGCUUGCCCCCCCAGGGAGGUGGUCCCCAGGGAGGUGGUGCUUACGAAGGUGGUUCCUACGAAGGUGGUCCCCAGGGAGGUAGUGCCUACGAAGGUGGUUCCUACGAAGGUGGUACUUACGAAGGUGGUGCCUACGAAGGUGGUACUUACGAAGGUGGUGCCUACGAAGGUGGUGCCCGUGAACGAAGAGACAACCUCCUCGCUGCUAACACUUUGGCGAACAAGGAAAGGCCAAGCCGAUGUAGUACGUGGCUCAUUGACGCGAACGAACGAGACUUGUCCUCCCUCGUGAGGGACUUCUCCCGAUUGGCAGUCCGGAAUAAUCAGCUGUACAGAUUGCUCGUCGAGUGUUUUCUCCUCAAAUUGGGUUGUGGGCGCAUUGGAGGGGUGGCUGACCAAUUGGGCCCAGGCAGGGGUGCCGAGUGGAAGGGCGAUUUGAGCUGUGCACAGUGUGGCGGUAACUAUGAGCUGAACCGUGAGUUUGGGCGUGAGCGUGAGCGUGAGUUUGAGAGUGACCGCGACCGUGAGUUUGAGCGUGACCGUGACCGCGAGCAUGACCGCCACUCUGGAGACCCCCCCAAAUCGGAGUCGAAAUUAAAACAAGUUAGCAUCUCGCUCAGCAUGGGAGAAAAUCCAAAUGAGGAUCCCCCCAGGAGUUACACAACCAAAGCGGAAAAAAAGAAGAAGGGUAUCCAGCACACGGCUACAAGCAUGGACAUAGCAACCACUCAGGAGAUGCGAAAUUGGGUGGACAUUUUGGUGGGACUAGCCAAUGCCAACUACUACUACGAUCCCUUUGUGCAGUGUUUUAUUCAAAGGAUGGUUAUAAAAAGAAGAAACCUUUUCUUCACUGUAGAAAACAUACCCAAUGUUGUUAUUUCUUUGAGAAGCUUACUCUCCCUGGGGUACGACCAAAUGGACACGUUGUCCCAUUUUUUCGAUUUCUUAAUCCUCAAUUUUAGGCAUGUGCAGAUGAAACAACUGAUAAUGAUUUUUUAUGCAACGUAUUGCUACAUUGUGCAGAGGUACAACCUGGCGAGUGUGAAGUAUGUCGGGAAUGGAAACAUGCUUUUCUGCGUGGCGGGAGGAGGCAUCGGCGCGAAAAUGGGCACAGAAAUGGGUACACAAAUGGGUGCGCAACUCGGUGUAGCGGCAGGUGCAGGGGGAGACACAGGUGGACCCCAAUUUUGCGCGCGGGAGAACCCCAUAAUCGACGUGCUGCCCCAAAGCAGGCCACACAUAUUGACCAGCAACGAUACGCAUGACCCCUCUCCAAGUGAACAACUCGAAGCAGCCAAGGCACGCCUGUUCCAACACCUGCACAAAUUGGAAGGAGCCAUAUUCCACAGAAGGAACGAAAUCGAUUCCAUGCAGGGGUUGGUUAAUUUUUUCUUCGCUCUCUCCAGCACCAUAAACACGUUAUCGGUUGAACUGUACGACUUUUUUUACCGGUCAUUUUGGCGCAUACUAAAGGGGGAGGUUGGGGCGGACGGGAAAACUGCAGAAGGGCGAAGUGCAGAGGACACGAUAAAGGCACAAACCGUUGUUCAGAUUUGCCUGCUACACUACAAAAACAACGUGGUGCACAAGACCCUGCUGUCGUAUUUGCUCCCCAUUCUGGAGACCCUCCCGCAGGUGGAUAUUCACUCUCUGUACCCCAUCACUUUUGUAUGUUGCCACUUCAAUAUAAUAACCACGACCUUCUUGAAAUUUGCUUUGCGUGUUCUUCUGGAGGAGAUGGCCAAGGGAGAACCUCAACAGGAAGCUGCCAAUGGUGCUAAUUGGGUUUAUCAGGCUAAUGGCGAUAACUGUGUUGGUGGAAGGCACCACAUCGGAAACGACCAUUAUUAUGCCCACUUUGGGGAAGGGUCAAAUAGGUCUAGCGGUUACCGGGUAGUAACCCCCCCCACUGUUAGACACACAGCAGAAACGCACCACCUGUACAGUAACGAUCAACAGGACACAGUCAACAAAGUCGCAAAGUGCGCGUGGUCCCUACUUUUAAGUAGCGCCUUCCUGGAGAGCUCCAUAACCACCUUUACCAAAAUGUGCAUCUUGCUAAGGAGAACAUUUGCCAGCAAAUUGGAUUGGAGAGAGGAGGACUACAACAUGCUGAAUCAAAUGUUAGUGUGUUUAAAUAUGUAUUACAAGAAAAACAAAAAAAUUUUUCAUUUAAAGAAAGGACAGCUUCGCAUCCCCACGUCUUUUUAUAUACCCUAUUGUGUAGUUAAAGAAACGGUGAGAAGGAAUAAAAUGCCUUUCCAACAGAAAGUACACAUGUCCAGCUUUCAGUACAAACUUUGUGAAUAUUUGAAGAAGAAAAAAAUUAUGUACAAGUCAGAAUAUUUCUUGAAGCGCGGUUUCCUGGUCGAUUUUUUGGUCCUGAAAAAAGGAGAGCCACAUCUUGUGCUGGAGGUGGACGGGAUUUACCACUACAACAUGUCAACCGAUGAGAGGAACUACGAGAUUGAAUAUAACGGCAUACGCUUGUCCAAAAAUGGAAGGACAGAGUUUCGCAAUAACGUGCUGCGAAUACUGUACGACUUGGAGUUUGUGUGCGUCCCCUGGUUUUUCUUUCUGCAGCUCAGGUCGUUCCAGCGCCUGGAGGGAUUGCUGUCUGGGAGGCCAUCGGGUUUCGCGCCGUGUUACGAGGGAGAUAGCGGAACGCGCUGA